UGCCCGUGCCGCUCCUGCCCUCCGCGGGAGCGCAGCACCGGGACUCGGCAGCGCGGGCACGGGCCCCGGGCUAUUGCGGCCCCUGGGCUAUUGGUCGCCCGUCCCGGGAAGGGUCAGGCCGGGGAGCUUCGGGGGAAGCGGCGGCCGUGUCCCCGGGCGUGAGGCCGAGGCUGGUCCGUGGCGAAGGCGCAGCAGGGCUGGGGGCCUGAGGGGCCGCUGCCCCGCGGGACCUCUCUGCAUGGAUCUCCGCGGCGCACACAGGAAAUCUGCGGGGGAGAGGACGAGUAGACUUGCGCUGUGCAAAGCGCCUGUUGUUGGUGUAGUCUGAAAACCACGAAGUGUUGUUGGUUUGGAAGGGAUGUCACUUGAGAGUUGGCUUUUUGAUAAGGAUAUCACCAUGUGCCACUCGCUUACUUACAGUUACACUUGGGAAGCAAUUGAUGCAGACAAAAAGGUGCUUUAUAAAAUAAAUUUCUGUUCUGGUGUUGAAGAGUGUGGAACGGCAAGUGCAGUCUGUGCGUAUGACAUCAAGACGAAUACCCAUCUGUCUGUAGGUGACUUAGCCUUGCAAAAAGUUUCUGAAAGUCUUCUGGAGUUCAACACUACACGUAACUGCUUGCAGCAAGGCAGUGAACACCAAAUUCAAAGCAAUAUUAACUUCCUGUGUGGGAAAACACUGGGUACCCCUGAAUUUGUAACAGCAACAGAGUGUGUGCACUAUUUUGAAUGGAGGACCUUUGUGGCUUGCAAGAAAGACUUGUUUAAACCUGUGAAAGAGGUCCCUUGCUAUGCGUUUGAUGAAGAUCUCAAGAAACAUGACUUGAAUCCUCUCAUCCAAGUUUCAGGACACUACUUGGUGGAUGAUUCUGAUGAUGAUUCCUUGUUCAUAAAUGUCUGCAGGGAUAUAGGAAGUUCAAGUGGAGAGACCAGAAAGUGCCCUGCUGGCAGUGCUGCUUGCUUGUUACGUGAUGGUCUGGCAUAUGAUGUUGGCCGUCCAAAGGAGCAGCUGAAGCUUCAAGACAAAGACAGGCUUGUGUUGAGUUAUGAGAGACAAUACAAGCAUGAUGAAGAAAGGCCAAGCUUCUGCCUAGGCCACAAUCCAGCAGUGACCAUCACUUUUGUUUGCCCAUCAAAGAGGGGAGAAGAGAGUGCAGGUCCCAAACUUACAGCAAAAACAAACUGCCGGUAUGAAAUUGAGUGGGUUACUGAGUAUGCCUGUCACAGGGAUUACCUGGAGAGUAAGACCUGUAUUCUGACUAAUGAGCAACAUGAUAUCUCCAUUGAUUUAAGUCCACUUAAUCAAUUUUCAGAAUAUGUCACACCAUAUUCAGCCAAAGAUGACAAAGAAGAGUAUUACUAUUACUUGAAUGUAUGUGGGAAAACCACUGCAGGUAACUGCAAGGACAGUACAGGAUACAUUUCAUCUUGCCAAGUAAAACUUUCAAAUAACCAGCAAAAAGUGGCAGGAAGAUUUGCGAACCAAACCCUAAGGUACUCUGAUGGGGAUCUCACUUUAAUUUAUCCGAAUGGGGAUGCAUGUAGUUCCGGCUUUCAGAGAAUGACCGUCAUAAACUUCGAGUGCAAUGAAACAGCAGGUAAUGAUGGUAGAGGAACUCCAGUAUUCACUGGUGAAGUUGACUGCACCUAUUUUUUUACUUGGGAUACAAAAUACGCCUGUGUUAAAGAGAAAAAAGAUCUCCUUUGCAGAGUUACUGAUAAGAGAAAACACUAUGACUUGUCACCUCUUAUCCGCAGUUCAGAGUCAGCCCAGAACUGGGAAGCUGUGGACAGUAGCUUUUCUGAGGUAGGAAGGAAACAUUACUACAUCAAUGUCUGCCAUAAGGUGUUGAAGAGAGGAGGAGCUUUCAGCUGUUCAGAUGGUGCUGCUGUUUGCUCUGUAGAUAAGCAAAACAACAGUAAGAAUCUUGGAACAUUUGUAUCUUCUCCAAAAAAGGUUGGAGAAAAUAUUCAACUUAUCUAUUCAAAUGGUGAUAGCUGUCCUUCUAAAGAAAAAGAGAAAAUCCAAACAGUCAUCACUCUAAUAUGCAGACCAGGUGAUCUAGAAAGUGCUCCAAUCUUGAUGGCAGAGCGUGAGUGUUCAUAUGCAUUUGAGUGGUAUACUGCUGCUGCCUGUGUCCUGUCUAAAACUGAAGGAGAUGACUGUCAGGUGUCUGAUCCACAGGCAGGCUUCUCUUUUGAUUUGUCACCUCUGGCCAAGGCAAAAAGUUUCUAUACAAUUACUACUAAGGAGUACUUGUUUUACAUAAGUGUCUGUGGUAGUCUGCCUGAUGAUCGGUGUCACACAAAAUCGGCAGCGUGCCAAGUAGCGCGGAGUGAUGAUCAGUCUUGGAGUCUUGGACUGCCCAGUUCCAAACUUUCCUAUUAUGAUGGCCUGAUUCAGUUGAUCUACAAAAAUGGUGCAGCAUACAACGAUGAGAAUAAAACACAGCGCUCUACCCUCAUAACUUUCCUGUGUGACCAUGAUUCUGGAAUAGGUCAGCCUGAGUAUCAGAAAGAAGAUAACUAUACCUACAACUUCAGGUGGUACACUGAACAUGCUUGUCCAGAAAUUCCACUGGAAUGUGUUGUGACAGAUCGCAACACCAUGGACCAAUAUGACUUGUCAAGAUUAGCAAAAUCUGAGAAGAGAGGUGAAAACUGGUAUGCCAUGGAUAAUUCAAGACCAAGUGAGCGCAAGAAGUACUACAUAAACGUCUGUCGACCCCUGAUUGCUGUCCCAGGAUGUGACCGGCGAGCAUCUGUCUGUCAGAUGGAAUAUAAUCAUGUUUCUGCUUCUUAUUCUGAAGUCACUUCUAUUAGUAAUCUUGGUGUUGCCAGCAAAGAACUAGUAAUUGAAAGACCUGGACAUGUUUCUCUAACGUAUGCAAAUGGCUCCGUGUGCAUCAAUGCUGAUGGCAAGACAACUACUUAUACCACCACCAUCCACUUUGUCUGUUCCAGGGGCACUCUUAGUAGCAGCCCACGGUUUGUAGCUAUUCUGGAUUGUGUGGCCACUUUCUUAUGGGAAACUGAGGCUGCUUGCCCAAUCAAGGAAACAAAAGAUGAUUCUCAGUCCUGCUCUGCGCGAGAUCCAAACACUGGCUUUGUGUUCAACCUGCAGCCAUUAGCUUCUGAGGAAGGUUAUACGGUUACUGGCAAUGGGAAAACGUUCUCACUAAACAUUUGUGGACACUUGCCAUAUUGUGGUAAAAUCAAUGGCAAAACAGCUGCUGGGUGUGAAAGGGAAAAUGUGACACCUCUGAGGCCACUGGAAUUGGACAAAACCCUUUAUCUAUCCAGUGAAGGGUUUCUAACUCUUACCUACAGAGGCCCUCUUCGUGUGGAAUCAGGAACAUCAGACAUGUUCAGAGUGACUUUCAUUUGUAAUGAUUCAUAUCCUGGAGAGCUUAAGUUUGUGCGUGAGGAGAUAAACAGUGUGCUGGACGUCCAUGAUACUUUUUUUGAGUUUCACACUGCUCUGGCUUGUGCUCCUGCUCCUGUAGAUUGUCAAGUUACAGAUGCUGCUGGCAAUGAGUAUGACUUAAGUGACUUGAGCAAAGAUGGUGAGCCAUGGGUUGCUAUAGACACUUCAAAGGAAGCAAAAAGGCGAACGUUUUUCUUGAAUGUCUGCAAGCCCUUGCCCUACGUGACUGGAUGUCCUGGUGGUGCCAUAGGAUCUUGUGUGAAAUACGCUGAUAAAAGCAAGAACCUUGGAGUCAUUCAGAUAAACCCCCAGGCUGCUACUGAUGGGUCGUUAAGCAUUAUCUACUUGAAUGGUGACACAUGCAAAGAUAAUCAGCGUUAUUCUACACGUAUAAUCUUCCAGUGUGAUCAAACAACGGGAUCACCAGUGUUGGAGCAAGAGAAUGACUGUGAGUUUGUCUUUGUUUGGAGGACUUUGGCAGCAUGUCCUGUUCACAAAGCAGAAGGAAAAGAUUGCCAGGUGAAAGAUCCAAGGUAUGGUCACGUUUUUAACCUGAAGCCGCUUUCUGGUAAAAACAUCAAAGUGAGUACAGAUGAGUAUGACUACUACUUCAGUGUUUGUGGAGAAAUAACAGAACCUUGCAGAACAAAGGGUCGCGGUGUUGCAUCGUGUCAAGUAAAGAAGAUGGACCCUACUUUUGAAAAAGUAGCAGGCUUACGUACAGACAAACUGACUUUCAAAAAUGGUCUAAUCAUGAUUAAUUACACCAGUGGGGAGAAAUGUCAUAAAAUAUAUGAACGAUCAACUGCUAUAUUAUUCUAUUGUGACAAGACUUCAUCUGAGCCUGUAUUUUUGAAGGAAACUCCAGACUGCACCUACAUGUUUGAAUGGCAUACUCAGUAUGCUUGCCCACCUGUUAAAUCUACUGAGUGCUCCUACAAGGAUGACGAAGGAAAUUUCUAUGACUUUUCGUCCCUGACACGACACAGAGAGAACUGGGAGGCCAUUGCUAUAUCUGCUACUACCCAGAAGUACUACAUUAAUGUCUGCAGGCCCUUAGUACCCUAUAGUGCUACACGUUCCUGCCCUUCUGAUGCUGCUGCCUCCCUUGUUGAGGGUACAAAAUGUACCAGUCUUGGGGAAGUGGCUGAUGGUCCUCGUUGGGAAAAUGUCACUUUUAUCCUGAAAUACAUUAAUGGAGAUCAGUGUCCAGAUAAAACUCGGAAGAAAACAACAAUAUUGCGCCUCAAGUGUGAUGAAAACAGAAUUGAAUCAAAGCCAGAACUUAUAACUGCCAUUGAAGAUUGUGAAUAUACCUUCUUAUGGUUUACUGCUGCUGCAUGUCCUCUUAAAAGCAACGUGCAAAAUGACUGUCGAGUAACCAAUCCUUCAACAGGCCACCUCUUUGAUCUGACAUCUUUAAAGCGAGAAUCUGGCUAUACCAUCAGUGAUUCACACAACAGAAUAAUUGAGCUGAAUGUUUGUGCUGAAGUUAAAAGUUCAUGUGCUAAUGGAGCUGCUGUCUGCAUCACAAGUGGCCGAAAACCAGUUAAUGCUGGAAAACAGAGUAAAACUUUAAGUUAUAAAGAUCAGGUGUUAAAGCUUGUGUAUGAAGAUGGAGAUCCUUGCCCUGCAGACCCUGCACUGAAGCAUAAAAGCUAUUUUAGCUUUGUAUGCAAGUCUGAUGCUGGAGAUGAGAGCCGGCCUGUUUUUGUGUCUUUUGAUGAGCAGACGUGCACUAGUUACUUCUCUUGGCAUACUUCCUUGGCUUGUGAAGAAGAGGUGAAGUGCUCAGUAAUGAAUGACAGUUCCAUUAUUGACCUGUCUCCUCUGAUCCAUCGCACCGGGUAUUAUGAGGCAUUUGUGGAUGAAGAUAUUACAGAUGUUUCUCCAGAUUUCUACAUCAACAUUUGUGAGCCUCUCAAUCCUAUCAAAGAUGUCAAUUGCCCACCUGGAGCAGCUGUUUGCAUGGUUCCUGUUAAUGAAUCACCAAUAGAUAUUGGUCGUGUUACUGAACCUCCCCAGUUCAAUAAGGCAGUAAAUGAAGUUUAUAUCACUUACAACAGCACUACUCCUUGUCAGAUAAACAAUGGAUUGAACUAUACUUCUGUUAUUGCAUUUCACUGUGGCCAAGGAACUAGUCUGGGUAAGCCAAAGAUGAUAAGGAAAAUUGACUGCACAUUUGUGUUUGAGUGGGAAACUCCACUUGUGUGUCCUGAUAAAGUGAAAACUUUAGGCUGCUCUGUGAUUGAUGAACAGCUACACUAUACGUUUAACCUGUCCAGCCUUUCUGGAAGAUCAUUUGAGGUAUUUUCUGGAUCCAACAAUUACCACAUUGGUGUGUGCAGUGUAGGCUUGCCCCAGGGAAAAUGCAGAGAUGGGGCAGUGUGUCUGACAUCUAAAAGUGGUGUGUCAUCUUUUGGAAACAUAAAGGAAAUGAGACUGGACUAUAGCCACCAGGAUGAAACAGUCAUCUUGCAAUAUACAGGAGGCGAUCGGUGCCCUCCAGUGACUGAAAAGGGAGAGCUCUGUGUGUUCCCCUUCAAGUACAAAGGGAAGACCUAUAAGGAAUGUAUUACAGAAGGGAAGAAUAAACCAUGGUGUGCUACAACUGAAAACUACCAGGGAGAUGAAAAGUGGGGAUUCUGUAGUAGCACAACUGCAAGAAGGGAAUCUACCAUUAUCUUUACAUGUGACGAAAAUGCUGGUGUUGGGAGCCCGUACCUUCUCAGUGAGACUCUUGGUUGUGCUGUGACAUUUGAAUGGAAGACUCAAGCUGUUUGUCCUCCCAAGAAAAUGGAGUGCAAGUUUGUCCAAAAACACAGAACCUAUGACUUGAGAAUGCUCUCUUCCCUGACAGGAUCAUGGAUCUUUUUCCACAAUGGGAACUCGUACUACAUGAACCUCUGUCAGAGGGUACAUGAGGGACCCACAGGCUGCCCUGAAAGAGCCAGUAUUUGCAGGAAAAGCUACAAUGGAGAUGUUCAAGUUCUUGGACUUGUUCAUACACAGAAGCUGAAUGUGACAGGUGAUACAGUGUAUAUUAGUUAUACCAGUGGGCAAGAAUGUAGGCAAAAUAAGAAAGUAACAACAAUUAUAGAACUGAAAUGUGCAAGAACAGUUGGCAUGCCCAUGCUGCAGAGGUUUGAUGAAGAAAACUGUGCUUACUACAUCACAUGGGACACACGUGCAGCUUGUGCUGUGAAGCAGCAGGAGGUGGAGGUGGUGAAUGGAACAGUCAUUAAUCCUGCAACUGGGAAAAACUUUUCUUUAGGGGAUGUUUAUUCCAAGUUGUACACAGCUUCUGGUGAUGUACGGACAAAUGGUGAUAAAUAUGUGUAUCAAAUUCAACUUUCUGGUAUAACAAACUCAAGUUCCCCAGAAUGUUUUGGAGCAAACAUCUGCCAGGUGAAAACCAAUGAACGGCGUGUUCGGAGAGUUGGUUCUGCCAGAAAUGCCAAAUAUUAUGUUGAUGAUGAUGAUUUGGAUGUCAUAUUUUCAUCUGACUCCAGAUGUGGUAAAGAUAAAUCAAAGUUUGUGUCUUCAACCAUUUUCUUCCACUGCAAUCCAGAAGAAAAGGAAGGCAUCCCUGAAUUCCUUCACGAGACAGCAGAUUGCCAGUAUUUAUUUACCUGGUACACAUCUGCUGUAUGUCCAUUAAUAUCAACCAAUGAUCCAGGAAACAAUCAGCACCAGACAGAUGAGGAGACCCAAAUGCAUAAAGGUCUUUCAAGGAGAAGCCAGGCUGUUGGUGCUGUGCUUAGUGUCCUCCUGGUUGUUCUCACUGCGUGUCUCAUAAUCUUGCUGUUCUACAAAAAAGAGAGGAGGGAAAUUGUAAUAAACAAGAUAACAAACUGCUGCAGAAGAUCAUCUGGUGUUUCCUACAAAUACACAAAGAUAAACAGUGAAGAAGAAGCUAAUGAGAAUGAGACAGAGUGGCUUAUGGAGGAAGUUGCAGCACCAAAUCCAAGAACAGCAAAAGGAGGGCAGGAGAAUGGUCACAUUGCUACCAAGUCUGUUACAUCUGAAGCCCUUACCUCUCUCCAUGUGGAUGACCUGGACAGUGAGGAUGAAGUGUUAACCAUUCCAGAUGUAAAGAUUCAAACAGGAAGAGGACUAGACAAGAGCAAGCACCCACAAAAGAAGCCACACAGUUUUGGCAGUGAUAACAAAUCUUAUUUACUGAACGGAGGAAAGGAAACAAAAGCAAUAGCAAGGCCAGGCCAGCAUCAGGCACAGAACUCUACAAAUACAGCAUCAUUUCAUGAUGAUAGUGAUGAGGACUUGUUGAAUAUUUAAUAACCCUUCUUGUGCCUAAUCAAAUAUAUAUAGAGAGAUUAUAUAUAACAGGACAACAUUUCCAACCAAAUAUGAGGACUUCAGCCUGAAAGAUUUUUCUGAAUUUUGCCUUUAACAAGAAACCAUUGAAAAGGGAAGAAGAGAAAGAUUUCUUGAUUGUUUACAAUGAUCUGUUCAGUAAUGACUGGAUUUCUGACAUCCAGUUGGCUGAGUUAGUUGACUCUCUCUAGCCAGGACACUUUUUUUUUUUUUUUUAAGUCUCAGCAUAGAUGUUAAAUGCUUGCUUAAAAAAGAAAAACCUUUGAAAGGAAAAGAUUAAGGCUCAGUGAAGCCCCUGGCUUCUGAGACUCAAGUUAUCAGACUACUAUCGUUUUAACUCCUUGUAUUUAUUGAUCCUCACUACUCAGGUUUGCUUAAUAGUAACAUGUUCUUCCUGCCGGCAGGGUAUUCUUCUAUGGGCUCACCCAUUGUGAGACAAGGAAAAGUAUAACUUUUGUGUGUUGGGAUGAUUUGAUGUAAAUUUUGGAACUGGUCUAAUUUAUCCUGUAAAUUUGAAUAUCCAUUCUAAUUUAAACAGAUCAUUGGUUCAAAGGUAUGGACUGAAAGGUACAAUUCUGUAUAGCUUUAGCCUGAAAUGGUUGCUGUUCUUCGCAUGGUAUUUUUUUUUUUGGUACUAGUCAUAUGACUGACUUCAUCAGUAUUUGCCUAAGCAGCUGACAAGCACCCAAAGAUUUUUUUUUCCUUGAUUAUGGCUGGACUAGGCCAGCUGCACAGAGAACCAGACUUUUCAAGGACGUAGAAGCAGAGUUCCUAUGUCUGCACUACCCAGUUUGUCAUCACCAAGAAAAACCCAAGGACUAGAGGAGCUCUAGUCUGCAUAAUGCCUCUCUCUGGUAUUAAUUUCAAGAAAAUAAAUUUGGGCCAAUAUUUUCUGAUAGCCUAAUUUCUAGUCUGUAUGCUAUGAUCUUGGCCAUGGCCAUUGAUUUGAAAUGUUGCUGGUAAUAAAUGCAAGUCAGUUUUUCUCUAGCAGUCUUGCUCCUCUCCAGGUGUUUCUUAAUUAAAUUAUGGACAAUAUUAGGGUUUCAAAGCAUUGUACAAGAACAUGCAUUGGUCAGAAUUUUUUGAAACUUUUUGUUGUUCCUUUUGGCUGGCAUAUUCAGUUUCAACAAUGGUUUCUUUUUAUAAAAACUCCAUUUUGAAUGAAAAUAGUGUAAUAUAAAGUAUUCAGCAAUUUCAAUAAAAGAUAUGAAGUGGGUAUUCCAAAUCCCACAUCUCAA